AUGGUGGCCUUAAGACUGAGUGGGCAAACGGGCAUUUGUGUAGAUGCUGUAUCCAAAGGGGGUCUUCUCGCUCUUUGUCGUGCACUGUUUCAAUCUCCAGCCUUAGACAAUGGUGAUGCUGUCAAACGCUCCUCCAAGGUUUCCCAAAAGCUCUCAAAAAUGGUUUCCAGCUUCGAAAGGGAGGUUAGUUGGGUCGUCUGUGGCAGUGUCAGGCCUUACCUGAAGGGCGUGAAAGCAUCUGCUAUCUUGUGCGUGCAUAGAUAUGCGGGAACUGGUGGGACUGAAUGCUUGGUGGCAAAAGGCCGUAUAGAGAACAGUCCAGUGGGGGGGAAGAAGUGGACCGUGGAGGAGUUCCGUAAGGGUUGA